AUGCCAUUAGAUUUCUCAUCUGACUGUGAGUGUCCCAACUGCUUGGAGAAUAUACAGAAUGGGGCCAGUUGGAACCCCUGUUCCACGAACAGGGAUGAAUCUUUACAUUCAAGACAAAGAAAUAAAUCUAUGCCUUCAUCCAGCAUGCAGUGCUUUCCUUCCCAGGGUUGUUCCACCAGGCCAGAGGAAGACACCAAAGAAGACUCAUUGUUCCUUCCCUUGGAAGAAGAAAGCUACUUAGUGACUUCUGAAAACAAUGAUCUUGGCGUGAAACUUGAGGGCCUUACAAAGAAAAUCAGGCCAUUGAGAGAGCUGACUGUCCAGGAGUUGCUGAGAGAGUUUGGGGACAGCAGGAAGUUCCAACCAAACUCCGUGUCUCUGGGUCACUUUAGAGACCAGGUGGUAAUGAAGUUCAGAAGAGCUCUGUAUUAUUCCGGAAUUUGGGUGGCAUAUGUCCAAGGCUACAGAUUUGAAAAGCACUUAUCAGCUAAUUAUUUCAAGAGAAACCCUGGUUGUUUACAUCGGCUGGUUCCCUGGCUGAAACGAGAACUAACAGCUGUUUAUGGAGAUUAUGGCUACACAGUGAAGAAUAUUCUGUCCACCAUUCUCCAUCACAUGACAAAAUAUGAUCUAGACAGUGACUCCUUCAUUAACCUCCUAGAACCUUAUCUCCAACAACACACCCACCAUUUUCUACAUGAAUUUAUCAGUUUUGUUCAUUCACCUUACAACAUGGAGACUUAUGACCAACGAGCCAUCUAUCAAUUUCCUACUGUUUCACCUUGGGUAGAAAAAAGGUCUGUUGCAUCAGCUCCUGUUUUGCCUUUGCCUAAGGAUCAGGCUGUACUGGCCCCUCAACAUGAUAUAAAACAGUCUAAAAACACCCAGGGCCAAUGGAAUAAUGAGCAGAGGCCUCUGUCAGGCAUGAAAGCAUUUCCCAGUGGUAACUCUUGCUUGAAGAAACCUGAAGUCCCACUACUCCAUCAUAACACAGGAAGCAAAAUUCGUGCUUGGCUCAAAGACAAAUCAGAACCAGGUGAUCUCAAGGUCACACCUUCUACCAGUAGCAUGCUCCUGAACUGGACUAUACUAAGGGAAAAGGGCCCAGGCUCACUGAAUUGCAAAAAAAAUGUUAAAGAGAGGAAGGCAGAAAGGAUAAAAUUGUUUCCAGGUCAUGCCCAGGAUAUGGGAAAGAGUGAAACAACUGCACGCACCUUCAGUUCCUCAGCAAUUUUGAAUCAGAGGCAUCCAUGGAAGAACAGCCUAAGAGAAAAAAAGGCUUUGAACGUUGGCCAACAGAUCAAUUUCCAGAAAAAAGAAGCAGAAAAAAACAAAUGUUCAGACUCUUCACCAAAGACCUUUCAAAGAAGAUUAUCCAGAGAAAGAUCCUUGAUAAAUUGCAAAUCAAGAAAGAGGGACCCCUCCUGGAGCUGCAUUUCAGAAACUGCCAUUUCUUCUAAGAGAGAUGGGAGGAUGCUGAACUCUUUCAGAAAAAAGAGGAUGAAGUACAGACAACCCUUCCGAUUUGCAGAAGUUGGUUCACAUUGCAGCAGGGGAAUCCAAAGACAGUCAAGGUCCAGUACUCAAAGAUCUAAAUCCUGGUGUGUUGGACUUACAAAUAGAUCUAUAAGCAGAGAAUCAAGUAAUCCCUCUCUGAGAGGAAGCUACAGAAGUGAACGCUUCACCCAGAAUAUAUGCUGUGAGCUCUCAAAAGAAAAGAAGGCACGUGCCUAUGAAUCAAACUAUGGGAGGCCGUCUUCAGCCACCAUCCAAUACAUGAAGUUUCAUUCAAAUGCUGGGAAGAGACCCAAGUGUCCUUUGAAAAGUAAAGAUUCUUCCCAAGCUGGAAGCCACUGUAACAGUCCCACUUGUCUACAGAGUCAGAAACUCACAUCCCCAAGUAAGCAAGAAAUGAAUCACAAAAAAACAUUUCCUAGCGCUAAAACCAGAACAGUUAGGCACAGGAGAAACAAGUAUCAUUGUCCAGAUACACAAACCACAGAGGAAGUCAGUGAUGAAGGGGAUCUGAAUGAUCUGAGGCAAAAGAGUAAUCUUUCUGAGUGUGUACCUUCCUGCAGGAGGCAAAUGAGAAAGGAAAAGGAGAAUCCAAGCCUUCAGAAACAUCACCAGGCCAAAAGUGAGCAGAAAGGAGACAAACAAUCAGAAACACAGAGGUGCAAAUCAUUUUGA